AUGCACAAGCUGGGCAUUCAGGUUUUGCCUUCACCCGGCAUGAUGGCGAUCAUGGGCGGUAAGGUGGCCAUGUUGAGCGUUGGUUUGGGGGACACGCUCAUGCAAUUCACCAUAGAGCAGUCUGCGACUGGCUUCAAAGAGUCGCUGGUUUGCGAGCCGCACGGCAUCAAGCAGAGCAGAAGACACAUUCUGCAAGGUGGUCAUGUUGAACAUAGGUUUGGAGGACAUGCUCGCACACUUCACCGCAGCGCCCGGCUUCAAGAAGAUGCUGGCUUUCCAGCCGCGUGGCAUCAAGCAGAGCAGACAGGCGAGGGCAUCUGGAUCACCACAAGGUUUGGAGGACACACUCACACACUUCACCAUGGAGGAGUCUGCGGCGGGCUUCAAGAGGAUGUUGGCUCCCCAGAUGCGCGGCAUCAAGCAGAGCAGAGGUCUUAUGGCCUUCAUGCUAUUGUUGAGUUUGAUGUCCCGAUAUCACCUCGAUGA